AAACAUACCUUAAAAUCUUGCCAGGUUUCUUGGAACUCCUCCAUGACUGUUCUUUCUGGGAACUGUCUAACUUAAAUUAUUAAAAGAAAAAAACGCAUGAACUUUUGCAAGAUUCGGAAAAGCUACUGUACUGUACCUUUUGUCUUGCAUGGUUUUUAGAUCAUGGUUCGAGAUAUGGAGAUUCCAUUCGAGAAUAAUAAGGUUUAUGUGGCAGUUAGUGAAGAUGUUGAUGAUGGGUUUCUGACGUUAGACUGGGCACUAAGGAAAUGGUCCACUCAAUCAAUCGUAAUAGUCAUUCUCUAUGCUGCCAAUAACAUAUGCAAAGAUUACGUAUACACCCUACUUGGAAAAUUUCCUGCAAGUUCUGUAAGUGAGGAGAAACUGAAAGAUCUUGAGCAGAAUGAAGAAGCCAAAACACACAGAAUUCUGUCAAAAUACAUGGCCUUUUGUCACAAGGUAAAAACUGAAAUUCUCAGGAUUGAGAAAUACAAUAAUGAGCCUGUUCAAAAGAUCAUGGUGGAUUUAAUCUCUGGAAUUCGGAUAACUAAGCUAGUCAUGUCCUUGAAAUUCAUGAGGCCUGUAUGUUGGAAAUCAAGGGGUGCGAUAAGCGGAUCAUUUUAUGUGCACAGGCAGAAACCAGGUUUCUGUGAAUUGUUCAUAAUAUGUGGAGGGAAACUGGUUUUCCUCAGAGAAGAGAACAAAGAAGGGCUGAUAGAGGAUGAAAAGGGAGCAAUUCUUGCUAGGAGUAGAGAAAAGAGGCCAACUUUCAGAAGCUAUGUGGGGAAAAUGUUCAAUGAAGCUUCUGCCAAGGGGAAAAAACCAUGCGAUUUGCCUUCUUCUUCUUCUUCCACAUCAGUUCAUCAAUGGGACAAGUACAAAGAAGAGAUUGAACUUUAUUUCACUCAGUUAUUAUCAUCAAAUGCAGAGGCAUCAGAUGAACUCUUUCAGAAGCUUGCUAAGAAGCCAGAUAUGGCUGAUAAUAUGACAAGAGAAGAAAAGAGAGCCAGGAUCCAGGAGAUCCAAGAAGUGAUUCAACAAAUCAGAAAAGAAGCUAAAACCAAUCCUGCAAGGCUUGCAAGGGCUAAAUGGGCUAUGAGUUUGUGUAGCAGCCGGGCUGUGGAACUUGGAGGCUGCAUAAAUGAAGAGAUAGCUAAAAGGGCUCAGCUUGAGAAAGAGUUUUGCUCGACGAAACAAGAGUUGAAUAAACUCCAGACUGAAACUGAGGAGAAAAGGGCUAUGCUUAACUCAACUCUCCAACUCCGAGACCAGCUCUCAAGAAAGCUCCAUCUGUUGUCUCAGGAAAUAUCGCAAGCUGGGCUUCAGGUGGAGGAGGAGACGAGAGCACAGGCUGCAAUGGCUCAGGAAGCCGAAAAGCUGAGAAGGCAAAGAGAUGUCUUUCUGCAUAGAAUUGAGUUCUCUAAAGGAAACGAUACUGCAAUGGGGUCGGGGGAGCAAAGAUUUCAUUACAGACAGUUCACUGCUGCAGAGAUCAGAGCUGCCACCGAUGACCUCUCAGAACGAAUGAGGUUAAAAUCGGGCGGGGACUGGACAAAUGUAUAUAAAGGGUGCCUAAAUUCAACUCUAGUGGCAGUCAAGAUAUAUAGUAAUUCAGGGAUUGGAGAUUCUGAAGAGGCCUUCCAGGCUAAGGUCAACCUCCUUAGCAGCAUAAGGCAUCCUAAUAUUCUCAGCAUGAUGGGAUUCUGUUCUGAGCUAAAGUGCAUAGUGUUUGAGUACAUGCCUAAUGGCUGCUUAAGAGACAUUCUCUUCUCAACUCACAGAACCUCCAAGAAAAGGAACAGAUCGUCUCUGAAUUGGCUUACGCGUAUACAUAUUGCAGCCGAGGUUUCAACAGGCCUGUCAUUCCUCCAUGAGGCUAAACCAAGACCCAUGGUUCAUGGCAGGCUUAACCCCUCAAGAAUAUUGCUGGACCGAAACAAUGUGGCGAAAUUCAGUGGUUUGAUGCCCUCUAUGUGCUAUGAUGCCUCGGAGAUAAGUUCAGAUAUGAGGGCAUUUGGGAACCUGAUAUUGCAGCUUCUGAGUGGGAGGAAUUGGGGAGGGCUAGUUGAAGAGGCAAUAAUGAUGGAUCAGACUGCAGUCAUUAAUGUGGUAGAUGAGAAGGCUGGAGAUUGGCCUCUGGAGUUAGCAGUGGAGCUUGGUGGGAUUGCAGUAAAAUGUUUGAGUAAUCAUGAGAAUGAAGGCCAAGAUGUGAGCAUGGCAAUGGUGGCAAGAGACAUGGAGAAGGUGAAGAAGAAAGGUGAUGAGCUAGUAAGAAGUGCAGAAUUUGCAGUGGCAAAUGAAGGUGAUUCAGAAGUGGAAGAAGAUGCAGAGAUUCCCAGUGCUUUUCUAUGCCCUAUUUUCCAGGAUAUAAUGCAGGACCCUCACAUUGCUGCUGAUGGAUUCUCUUAUGAGGUAGAAGCUAUAGGGGAGUGGUUGAGGAGCGGCCACGACACGUCACCCAUGACAAAUCUGAAACUCAAACACAGCCUUCUAACACCAAAUCAUGUCUUGCGUUCUCUAAUUUAUGACUGGCAAAAGAAAAGAUUAGAUCUUCCAUCAACGACAGUACAGUGAAAAUAUUUGAAGAUAGUAAGUACAUUAAUGUUAUCAUCAUGGAGAAGAGGAAGCAGUUGUUGAUGGCACCCAUUUUUAAUUUGUUCAAGCUAAGUAAAUUGCAGAUGCUUAAUUUGCAGCUAAGUAUAUAUGGAAUGGGUUUUCUUGAAGCAAUUCAAGCUAAGUAUAUAUGGACUUAAUGCU